GGCGUGAGGGAUAGACGUGCCAGCUCGCCUCCUUCGUCUUCCACACACGUGUGUUGACAUCGCUAAUUCCGUACAGGAACAUUCACUUGAAACUUCAAUAUAACAACUGCAUUUAUAUCAAUGUCUGAAGUAACUCCCCAAUAUGUUGAUUAUACUAUAUUAGUAUAAUAUCUGAUGGUGAACACAUUGGUAAAUCGCGUAAAUAUCGAGGUUUUUGGCGAUUUCAAGACCAGAGGACACAUGCCAAAAAUGCAUGGCUGGCUGUCCAACACCAACCUGCAGCGUGUGUGUCUCCUCGCGGUAAUAUAUGUCAACGGUAUCGCUGGGGAUCUGGUCAUUGGUUUGCACGUGCCCCAAUAUGCCUUCGUUGGGGAUCAGGCUACUCUGAGUUGCUCCUACGACCUCCGGGCCACCAGACUCUAUUCUCUUAAGUGGUACCACAAUGGCACGGAGUUCUACCGCUACGUCCCUACCGAACUUAACAGGCCCAUCUACAUCAAACCCAGCCACAAGUUUUAUGUUACCGAAUUGGUCAGGAACGAGCAGCAGGUGACUUUAUCGCUGACGAAGUUGACUGUGUCAGCCUCGGGUCAUUACCGGUGUGAAGUGAUAGCUGAGCACCCGAGCUUCCGUACUGAAGCCUCUACAGCCUCUAUGGUCGUCAUGUCAGAGCCGCUGGCGCCGCCCAUCCUAGUGGACGCUCGAGAGAUCUACGACAGUACAGAUUUGAUCAGGAUCCGCUGCCAACCCAGACAACAUCCCUACCACGGCCACAGACCUGUCCUUCAAUGGUUCCUGGAUGGUAGUGAGGCAUCAGCGGAAUUUGUGAAGUCAUACAGUGACGGAUCGAGCAAGACUCCAGGACUCUCACUGCAUUUACCCGGUCAGCAGGUAGUGGCAGCGGGAGGAUCCAUGAAGGCUGAGUGCAGGCUGACGCUGGGGUCUCGUACACUCAACGCUUACAAGACCCUCCGAGUACGAGUGCGUAUGAUCUCCUACGUGGGUACCUACCACUCCUCAGCCACCCAAUGUGAGGUCAGUGUCGUGUUGAGGAUGAUGUGUGCUACCAACCUCAUCCUCAACCUCCUCCAGCUGCUGUAGGUGGAACAGUGUCACUAUGGCCCUCAUGCUGUCAGUGGUACAGUACCGCCAACAUCCUCCUGCUGUCAGUGGUACGGUACCGCCAACAUGCCUUCUGUUGUCAGUGGUACAGUACCGCCAACAUUCUCCUGCUGUCAGUGGUACAGUACCGCCAACAUCCUCAUGCUGUCAGUGGUGCAGUACAGCCAACAUCCUCCUACUGUCAGUGGUGCAGUACAGCCAACAUCCUCCUGCUGUCAGUGGUACGGUACCGCCAACAUCCUCCUCCUGUCAGUAGUACGGUACCGCCAACAUGCCUUCUGUUGUCAGUGGUACAGUACCACCAACAUUCUCCUGCUGUCAGUGGUGCAGUACCGCCAACAUCCUCCUGCUGUCAGUGGUACAGUA